AUGCAAGAAAUGAUACUUAAGUCUGUGGUGUUGCUCUGGUGGAUUGCUCUCAUUUACAUCCAAGGAGCCUUUUCUUUUGGAAAUGCUGCUGACUUCGAUAAACCAGUGCCGGUGACACAGGUUCAAGGAGUGUUCGGGCGAAAGGUUGCUCUUCCUUGUGAUGUGACACCACCAAUUGAAGGCGAUGUUGUCCUCAUGGUGUUAUGGUUCCUGGAACCAAGUCAGCAACCUCUUUAUAGCCUGGAUGCUCGCCGUGUCCGCCUGGACGCAGGCCGACGUUGGGCUUCUCCUGACCUGAUGGAAGGCAGGGCGUUCUUUCGCACCGCGUCAAAGCCGGCUGCACUGCUCCUGGACGGGGCAAGAGUCCGGGACGAGGCGAUGUACCGGUGUCGGGUAGAUUUUCGCGAUUCGCCUACCAGGCAUUCGCUGGUCAAUCUCACAGUCGUCGUACCCCCAGGAAGACCUCGUAUUUAUGAUGGCCGAAAUAAUAAUCGCAGUAGCGUCGUGGCUCCUUAUGUUGAAGGCAGUGACGUAGUUCUUAUUUGCGAAGUCGAUGGCGGUCGUCCGACGCCCCGCUUGUCUUGGUUUAUGGAAUCCACACUUCUGGACGAAUCCUGGUUACCCAGACCAGCGGCCGUUGGUGGAGGAUCAAUCAACCGUCUGCUGCUGCCCGGUGUGGGCAGACAGCAGCAGCACGCCAGGCUGGUGUGCCAAGCGGCCAAUACGGAUCUUGUGCAGGCUGCUACGACGGCAAUCGUAUUGGAUAUACAGUUACGUCCGAUUUCUGUGCACAUUUUAAAUAAAGAAACAAGAUUGUCUGCUGGACGUAACUGGAACAUAGAAUGCGAAGCCACUGGUUCGAAUCCACCAGCAAUUAUCUCAUGGUGGAAAUCAGGAAAGGAAUUAAUUGGUGAACAGAAUGAAUACGACACAUUAGGAAUUCUGCACUUCGUUCCAACCAUGGAAGACGAUGGAAAAUAUUUAACAUGUCGUGCAAAUAAUCCUGCUGUACCAGAUAGUACACUGGAAGAUAAAUGGCUUCUAAAUGUGUUAUAUGCUCCGGUGGUUACAUUAAAAAUUUUGGGAGCGCCUAUCUCUGGAGAAUAUGCAGAAGGACAAGAAGCAGUUCUACAAUGUGGUGUCAAAGCUAAUCCCAGCGUUUGGAAAAUAACUUGGCUUCACAAUAGUAAAGAAAUCCAAUCCAAUGACAAAAGUAUAGUUAUGGAAGGUAAUGACCUGAUAUUGAGCAAUAUUAGUAGUGCAUCGUCGGGGCAAUACAGAUGCACUGCUCACAAUUCUGAGGGACAAACACAAAGCAAGUCAGUUGCUAUAAUUGUGCGAUAUUCUCCUAUUUGCAAAUCCACCUCUGUCCAUAAAAUAGCAGCGCCUGAAAAUAUUCCCGUUUCUUUAAAAUGUUCCGUCGAAGCCCAUCCAAAGUCGAAUAUUACUUUUCGUUGGACUUUUGCAGAUAUGGGUGAAGUUCCUGGCCGAUUUAUAAAUUCUUCUGGAUCUACUAGUAUAUUGACAUAUAAACCCGUCGCAGAUUUAGGAUACGGACAAUUUGCUUGCAAGGCUCAUAAUGAGGCAGGAGAAACAAAAAGGCCUUGUGUGUAUCAAGUUAUACCUCCAGGUCCACCUGGUCCGCCCUUAAACUGUACACUUGAAGCCGAUGGCGAAGUUGUACAAUGCAAAGCUGGUUUCGAUGGCGGUUUAGAGCAGCGAUUUCUAGCUCAGGUUGUUCUGGCCUUAGAUUCAUUUACGACUUUAGUGAAUUCUUCUGCUAAUCUAGAACCUGUAUUUCGAAUACCAGGACUUAUGACUAACUCAUUUGCUGCUGACAAUGAAGCCAUGGAGGUACAAGUAAUUGUUUUAGCAGAAAACGAUCUUGGAAGAAGUAGCCCUGUUACUCUAAAAAAUUUAAUAUACAGUGAAAAGCCCAUUAGAAAAGGUGGAUUUGCAAGCUUUACAUCAAUUCCAAUAGAUCCUUUAUUAUUCGCAUUAUUAAUUACUGGAUCUGUAGUAAUAAUUUUGUGCUGCGGAAUUUGCUAUUUGCUUCGACGUCGUUGCUGUCGUGUUUCGCCUGAUAAACCGACUGCUAAUGGAAAAAGACAAAAAUCAAGAAUACAGGAUAAUUCUGAUUCAUCCGUCUAUGAUGAAGGCAUAGAUGACCCUGAUCCUGAUCUUAUACCAAAUAAAGAAGAUUACAACAAUUCAGUAUUAUUAUCUAACUCAUCGAGUCAUAUUUCGAUUGUAAAAAAAGCUCCCAUCAGAUAUAGCUGUGGAAAUUUAUCUAAUUAUGGAAAAAUUCGAUGCAUGACAGACAAUCAGACUGGGAGCCUAGGGCGAGUCAUUAAAGAAGCGAUUCCAUAUUUCCCAGAAAAUCAACGUGUUAGUACGUUACCUAGAAGGCAAAUCGUUACAUCCUCCCCUGCCAUAAGGGAAAGUUGUAUAUAAUUUAUUGAAAUAAUUGUAGUUUUAAAUCUUGAUCUUAGUAUUUUUAUAUUGUUUAUCGUAAUUCUUAUAGAAUAAAUACUCUUUA